AUGUCGUCUGCAAAACCUCAAGAUACAAAAUACAAUUAUGAUAUUGGAGGUAUAACUUUGCCUUUAUUUUUAUGGCCUUAUAAAAAAAAUCUUUUUUUUUAUCAUAAUUCUAAUUUCAUAAACAUUAAGCACAUUCAUAAUCGAUUUAAUUAAUUUUUUCGAUAAUUGUGAUUAUUCCAGAUAGAUGCUUCAGCUCUGACUUAAAUAUUUUUAAGAGAAUUUAGUUAUACGAAUCAAUUUUUUAUACAAAGAAUUACUCGCAUUCUUAUCAUUAUGCUUAUUAUCGACACAUCAUCUUAAUGUACGUAUUGGAAUAGCAAUUUUCAUGUUGAUAACAUUUACAUAAAUUUAUAAAAACUCAUGUAUGUAUCUACUCUACAGAUAAAACUAACAUAAAGAAAUUUGCGAUUCCAUAUUAUCUAACAUAUACAUAUACAUAUAUGUCCUUCUUUUCUUGCUUGAACAGAGAAAAUCAAUCAGUUCUAAAUAUUUUUUUUAGGUAUGCGAAUUAAAUACAAAAACAAAAAUGAAACUUUCACAGAAGAUCGCCUUAUAAGCAAAGAGCCUAUCGAUCAAUUUAAAGCAUGGUUUGAUGAAGCUUGUAACACUCCUCAAAUUUUUGAACCAAACGCUAUGUUUCUUGCCACGGCUACUAAAGAUGGAAUUCCGUCUGUACGACCAGUAUUACUUAAAGGUUAUGGCAGGGAUGGUUUUAAAUUUUAUACAAAUUACGAAAGUAGAAAAGGCCACGAGUUAGUGCGUAUAGAAGGUAAAGCGGAAAAAACUUCUGCAGAAGAUUCAGAUUGUUAUUUCCAAAGCCGACCAUAUUCAAGUCAAAUAGGAUCAUCAGCUAGCAAGCAGAGUAUCGUAAUUGCAAAAUUUUGGCAAGGUCAAAGUGAUCGUUUGCAUGAUAGAAUUCGUUUUAGACGAGCUAAGUCAAACGAAAACAUCGACAAUGUACUAGUCCAUCAAGGUGAUAAUGGAUGGGUUUAUGAAAGAUUAUCUCCAUAA